AUGGCGUGUGGUUUGGUCAUCUUGGAUCCUGAGGAAGUCACAUACAUUGAGAGCCAGGUGAAAGGAGUCAUAGGCCGGUCUGUGGUACUAGAAUGUGGCCAGUCUGUGCCUACCAUUUACAUCUGGGGCUUUACCCAACCCGGCCUCAAUGACAUUCGGGCCAUCCUGUACAAUUAUGGGAUGGGUGCCAAGCUGCAGAAAAUGGCUUCCGUGUUUGGAGAUAUGAAAGUCCUCUCUGACAGUGCAGCCCUGGUGAUAGACAACCUACAGCUCGCAGCUGAGGGACGAUUCACAUGUCAAAGUUUGUACGACACCAACGAUGGGGCGAAACUCAUCUAUGUCUUUAUUGAUUUAAAAGUCCUGGUUCCAAUUACCAAACCAUCCAUUCAGAUGAGUGUCUCAGCUCCUGUUGAAGGGUCCGCGAUUUCGCUACUGUGUUCGGUGGACAAUGGAACUGGACCUCUGGAGUACACCUGGAACAGGCAGGCAGCUCUGUCCAGAGGUCCUGUCAAUGUCUCGGAGACCACAGACAGUCUGCUGAACCUGACCUCAGUAAACAGGAACCACACGGGCUGGUAUACCUGCACAGCCAGGAACGAGGUGAAUGAAGUGACCAGCGACCGGGUUUGGCUCGACGUCAUCUACGGCCCUGAUCAGCCAGCCAUCAAUGUCACUCCUUACACUCUCAACUACAUUGGUUAUGCAGCCCUUGAACAGGACACUGUCUCCAUGACCUGUUCAGCAUCUUCCAAUCCACCCAGCCAGUACAUCUGGUUCCACAAUAACUCACAGAUCUACGCAGGACAGCAGUUUGUCAUUGAGAGAAUUGCUCGAAGUCAGACAGGAAGCUACAUGUGCCUCGCGCACAACACGGUGCUCAACGCCAGGACUAAGACUACCAUCAUACUCACUGUCUACUAUCUACCUGACGGGAAGCCCAUCUGCACCGUGCUAUCUGUUAAUGAUAAUCAGGAUAUAGCUCUGUGGUGUUCAUGGGAAGGUGGGAACCCCCCAGCAACUCUGCAGUGGGUUGACACACAAAGUCAUGGUGUCAAUGUCGAGGGUCUAUCCAGUAUUUCAAGAGUAAAAGUGGGACGAGAGACCUCCAACAACAGCACAUACUCCUGCCGAGCCUCUCACCCAGCUCUGAGAGCAGACUGGUCCUGCAGAACCACUGCAUCGUCACCUGAAGGGAAACCUAGUUGUUCGGCUACUGCGGUGAAGAGUUUGGAAUACACCAUGCUGUCAUGUAGUUGGGAAGGAGGCUUACCUCAGGCCUCACUGCACUGGAAAAAUUGGAGAGGCGACUUCUUGGGUAAAGCUGAACAGUCCAUCAAUAAUCAGGUGCUACAGUCUAGUCCAACCUACAGUGGCAAGGAGUUUAUAUGUCAAGCGACACAUCCUUUGAGCAGGAGCAGGGCAUGCAGCAUCCAACUAGAGACACCUGAUCUUGUCACCCCAAGAAACACCCUGACAGUGUUUGAGGGGAGUGAUGUCCAUUUGACCUGCAUCCUUAAAGCUGCUUACCCAACCUCGGAGAUCAUCUGGCACAAUAAUAGGAACGAAAGUGUCUGGCUCAUGCCCAAAAAGUACCUGCUGCACCAGGAGACCUUUUGGUCGAAUCUCACUAUUCGGGAAACUGAUGGAGACCGUGACAACGGAACUUACUGGUGCACAGCUAGCAAUGUGGUGGGGAGUUCAAGGCUUAACAUCCAGCUCCGUGUGAACAAGUACCCAACGCCCCCAAAUGUCACCAUCAGCAAGCUCCUGUACGGCCGCCAGAGAACAGAGGUGGUUCUUGAAUGGAUGACUCGAGGCUCUGGUGAUUUAACAGGCUUCAUGAUACAGAGGAGGCCCGCAAGGCGAUCCAUUAGAGUCCGGGGCACAACUGAACAGGAAGAGUCUAUGACCGAUCCAUACAGCCCCUGGCAGAUUGUCGCCAGCUCCAUCGAUCCCGCCAUCAGAGGCCACAAGCUGGGGGGCAUGGACCCCAGGGUCUUAUAUGCUUUCCGCAUCCUGGCUGUCAAUCACAAGACAACAGGGUACCCUUCAGAAGUGAAAACUCCAGCGGACCCCCCUUUUAGUGCCCUGCCAGCUGUGAUUGGCGCUGCGGUGGCAGGAAUGCUAGUUGCUGUUGUAGGAACUGUCUUGAUGUUUCAGUACAUUAUAAGGAACCGUGAAAGCAUUCCAUGGCUGCACGAUCUGCUGUUUCAGCGACCAACCAAUGAAUUGCAGGAGCAGAUUAAUUUUCCGGAGGAUGCUGAUGUUACUUCCGCGGCUGAGGGAGAAGAUAUCGUGGAAAGCAGGGAGCAGACAGAAGAGACCAGUCCAGGUCCUUCAGCUGAGGAGACACUUACCACCACGGACACCAUUGAAUCUCCAUCUGCUGGCGCUGAGCAAGGAGACAGCGCAAGCCCAGAGUUAACCAGCACCUGAGAGUCCGAGAAGGAGCCUAUGGAAACAAUAGAGUCCUCUCUCUGGCAGGAUAGAUUAAAGCUUUGGAAAAGUCAUAUUGAUGAUCGUAUUCUCUGAAAGCAAUAAAGGAACGCUGGCCCAUUGAA